AGAUAUUUUUUUUUAUAAUGUGCAGUGCAGUCGCGUUCUCAGGAGCGCGAGGGCUGCUGCUACAGCGUCCCUCUCGCGCAGCUGCUCCGCAUUCUUCAAAACACUGAUCGCGAAUACGGAUCCAAAACAUUGUCUGGGAUCACCGUUCGUGGCUUUCUCCGCGACGCAACGCAACAUCGCUCCUCCUCAUCACCAGCGCAUCCAGCCGACAUGGCCUCAUCCGUGAGCGGAGCGGAGGAAGUGCGCGUGUCGGCGUUGACGCCCCUGAAGUUGGUGGGUCUGGUGUGUAUUUUCCUCGCGCUGUGCCUGGAUGUCGGGGCCGUUCUGAGUCCGGCUUGGGUCACCGCGGAUGACCAGUACCACCUGUCCCUAUGGGAGUCGUGUAGGAAGCACGCUGCCUCCGUGGACUGGCUGUGCGACAGCACUCUGGGGCAGAAAGGGACCGACUGGCAGAUCGCCACAUUGGCUUUGCUGUUGGGUGGAGCGUUCCUUAUCCUCCUUUCCUUCCUGGUGGCACUGGUGUCUGUCUGCAUUCGCUCCAGGAGACGCUUCUACCGACCGGUCGCUGUUAUGCUCUUUGCCGCAGUGGUCCUACAGGCCUGCUGUUUGGUGCUAUAUCCCAUCAAGUUCAUCGAGACCAUCAGUUUGAGAAUAUACCACGAGUUUAACUGGGGCUACGGUCUGGCCUGGGGGGCCACCAUCUUCUCCUUUGGAGGAGCGAUUCUCUACUGCCUAAACCCCAAGAACUACGAAGAUUACUACUAAACAUGCUACAACAACCACAAUGCACUUCAAUGUCCUCUUCACUGUUGUGAUAGCAGCUCAUGCACUGAACGUUUGUUCGGAACUGUCCCUUGACUUUGCAAACACACACAAAGACCCUUAAAAUGCAGGGCAAUGCCGAGCUGUUAGAUGCAUAGAUUUUAUUUAUUUUUCCCUCAGAUUACUCUAUCACGCAAUUAAACCCCA